UCGUCUCCACGUUGGAAGUGAUAGAAAGUAUUAUCCCUAUUCGGGCUCCGUUUCUGUUUUUUGGGGGAAGGAGGAUACACCGAAGCGGAUACUUCAGGUGUAAAAACACUGAGGAUCGGCGCCGGCGGAACUACGUUUUUUGUUGAUGAUCGCUCGGUUCACAAGAGAAAAGUUUUCUCAGGACGCCAAGUUGUCAAGUGAGUUGAACUUCAACAAUUGGCGGACUCACUCUGUCCCAAGACAGUUGAGAGGCAGAGAGACACGGGACAUAUGUAACCAGUCGAUCUUGGACUUUUUUUUUUUAUGAGAAUAGACCUCCGUCAAGGUGAUCAAAAACUUUAUAUGUCCAGAAAAAUGGAAGCGACAUUCUACGACGAAGCCGUGAAUGGCUCCAACUCUCAACACGAAGGGCCGACAGUGUACGGGUUCAACCCUAAAACCCUCAAACAGACUAUGACCCUGAACCUUAACGACCCGAAGAACUUCAAACCCCAGCUGAGCUCCAAGGCCCUGGACAUCCUGACGUCCCCUGAUGUCGGGUUGCUGAAGCUAGCCUCGCCUGAACUGGAGAGACUGAUCAUCCAGUCCUGCACCGGGCUGACGACCCCCACCCCGACCCAGUUCGUCUGUCCCAAGAACAUCACCGAUGAGCAGGAGGGCUUUGCCGAAGGGUUCGUGAGAGCUCUGGCUGAGCUCCACUACCACCAGCAGGGACCAGCCGUCCAUCCUGACGCACAGGCCGGCGCGAACAACAGCAUGGCAUCCGGCUCCGCCGCGUCCGAGAGCGGCGGGAUUCCCUACAGCUGCACGGUGCGCACCGACCCGCCGGAGUACACAAACUUGGGCACUUUCAACCGGGCUGUGGGAUCUGCGUCUGCACCUGCCAACGAGAGGCACCCACCCAUGAGUUACCCAGCCGCCCCACAGCCGUCCCACAACCACAUGGACCACCAGCUGGCGGCAGCGCAGCACCCGCGGCUACACGCGCUCAAAGAGGAGCCGCAGACGGUGCCCGAGAUGUCCGGCGACACUCCGCCGCUCUCCCCCAUCGACAUGGAGAACCAGGAGCGCAUCAAAGCUGAGAGGAAGCGCAUGAGGAACAGAGUGGCCGCGUCCAAAUGCCGGAAAAGGAAGCUGGAGAGGAUCUCCCGGCUGGAGGAUAGGGUCAAAAACCUGAAGAGCCAAAACACGGAGUUGGUUUCCUCUGCCAACGUCCUCCGGGACGAGCUGGCUCUGCUCAAACAAAAGGUCAUGGACCACGUUAACAGCGGCUGCCAGCUCAUUUUGACGCAGCAGCUCCAAGCUUUCUAGACUGCCAAGAGAAAAGAACUAAGGGACAUUUCUUGGGGACCAAAUGCGGGGUUGGGGGUGGGGUCUGCUGCGUCUCAUGUCAUUUUUCCACCAAAUUAUGCGCUCAGGCUGUGAAUGGAGACUGACAAGAUACUUGCAAUUGGCCAGUAUGAUGAAAUAUUCCAGAGCAGAGGCCUCCAAAUAUGACUGAUAUUUCUGGCUUUUUUUUUCAUUCAAAACUACAAGAUCACAUUUGCAUUCAGUCAAGUCGAGGUAAUAUGGCAAGUGUCCGCACCUUCAGAUCAUCCCGUGCAGUCCUGCUUCCUGACAAGACAGCCAGAGCCUGUGUGGGAUCAGAUUGCAAAUGGACAACAAAGUGUGAACAUUGCCUUGCAAAUCCCCCACUGUCAAUUAUCAAUGUAUGCAUAUAGACUUGAGUCAAGCACUGCGCAUCCCACCAGCGACUAUACAGUAUCUACAGAGUAACACUAACGAAAAAAAAAAAAAAACAUGUUUCACACCUUUUACGCAAGGACUCUUACAGGUGUGUGCGUGUGUGUGUAGCGUUUACUGACAAAAAACUGCCUUACUUUCUUAACCCUUCUGUUCAUACACGUUUGCGAUAUAGGUGUAACUAAUGUUAGACCUGAAAUAACACUUUGUAAUAAUAUUUGUACGCUGUAUUUUGAGCACUUCAGAACUGUACAUAUGGCAAAAUAAAAUGUUGGACACG